AUUGAAAAAUGAAAAUAUAAAAAAUUUGUUAACGACGCCGACGACCCAACCAAUUAUUCAAUUUUCUUUUCUCUGAAUUUUUGGGUGGUCGCCGACCAUACCAGCUCGACGCUGCCUCUUCUCGUCUCCUCCCUCCCUCAGACCUUCUCUCUCUCUCUGACAGUCUGACUCUGUGUUGAUUCAGAUUGAGAACACUGUAAUCGGGAGAGCAUGUCUGGAGGAGGUACACAAAAGAGCUUGAGGAAAGCCCUUGGAGCCAUCAAAGACUCCACUACUGUUGGGUUGGCCAAAGUUAACAGUGAUUACAAGGAGUUAGAUAUUGCCAUUGUUAAGGCCACAAAUCAUGUCGAACGCCCGGCAAAAGAAAAACAUAUAAAGGCUAUUUUUGCUGCAAUUUCGGCUACAAGGCCUCGUGCUGAUGUUGCCUACUGCAUCCAUGCUCUUGCCAGGCGUCUUGCAAAGACACAUAAUUGGGCGGUUGCUUUGAAAACACUGAUUGUUAUACAUCGUGCUUUGAGAGAAGUGGACCCCACUUUUCGUGAGGAACUCAUUAAUUAUGGCAGGAGCAGAAGCCACAUUCUCAACAUGGCUCACUUCAAAGAUGAUUCCAGUCCAAAUGCAUGGGAUUAUUCUGCAUGGGUCCGUACAUAUGCUUUAUUCUUAGAGGAGAGGUUGGAAUGCUUCCAUGUGUUGAAGUAUGAUGUUGAGACAGAUCGCCUGAGAACCAAGGAUCUGGACACUGUUGAAUUGCUUGAGCAGUUACCAGCUUUGCAACAGCUUCUUUUUCGUGUACUUGGUUGCCAGCCCCAAGGAGCAGCAGUUUAUAAUUUUGUGAUUCAGUUAGCAGUGUCAAUGGUUGCUUCAGAGAGCAUCAAGAUUUACAAUGCCAUUACUGAUGGCACAGUUAAUUUGGUUGACAAGUUCUUUGAGAUGCAACGCCAUGAUGCCAUUAAGGGUCUUGAGAUAUACAGGAGGGCAGGACAACAGGCAGAGAGAUUGUCAGAGUUCUAUGAAAUAUGUAAAAGCCUUGAUCUUGGGCGUGGAGAAAGAUUCAUCAAGAUCGAGCAGCCUCCUGCAUCAUUUCUAACGGCCAUGGAAGAGUAUGCGAAAGAUGCUCCCCGAGCCUCAACAGUUCGCAAGGAUCAGGUCAUUGAUAAAAUUGAUGCUCCAAAGGUGGUUUUAGCUAUAGAGUAUAAGAAGACCCCUGAAGUGCAGGAGGAACGUCCACCAUCCCCACCUCCACCAGAACCAGUUAAAGUUGAAGAUUCUGUUUCUGAACAACCAGAUUUAUUGGAUUUGAAGGACCCCACCCCUGCUGCAUCGGAACUGGAUGAACAAAAUGCUCUGGCUCUGGCUAUUGUUCCAGUUGCUGAUCCAUCAACUGCCAACCCUUCUGGUCCUCCUGUAAAUGGAACUACAGGCUGGGAAUUGGCACUUGUAACUGCUCCAAGCUCAAAUGAGAGUGCUACAGCUGCAAGCAAACUGGCUGGAGGGCUGGACAAGCUUACAUUGGACAGCUUAUACGAUGAUGCGCUUAGGCGAGCCAACCAGAAUGUCAGCUACAAUCCAUGGGAGCCAAUGCCUAUGACAGGACCAAUGAUGCAACGACCAGCACAUGAUCCAUUCCUUGCCUCGGGUGCAGUGGCCACACCCCCUUCUGUUCAGAUGGCAGCAAUGGCCCAGCAACAGCAAGCUUUCAUGUUGCAACAGCAACAGAUGAUGAUGAUGGGUCCACAGCACCAACAGCCUUCAAAUCCUUUUGGUAAUCCGAAUGGAGCCGGAGUCCACCCAUAUGGCCCUGGUGUGCCCAUGCAAACCUACAAUCCCUAUAAUACAGGACUCAUUUAGAACUGGAAGUCGUUUUCUGAGAAAAUGAAGGAGAUGAGAAGACAGGUGGCCACUGGGGUUUUUGUUGAGGCCGAGAGAAAGAACUGGUCUUCACACGUUUGUGUAACAUAUGUAUGUGUAGUUGGUAGCGUAAGAUUGUUGUUCAGUUAUAGGGGGAGAGUUCUUGGGUAUUGAUUAUUCAUGAAGAAGGGUUCCUAAUAAUGUUACCAAGAUUUUGUGACCUGCAUUCUGUUGUUAGUGAUUAAGCAGGAAGCUCAAUUCUUUUCAUUAUUGAGAAUUAGGUUUUCAAAAAGAAAGGUGGAUGAUUUGUAAACUUUUGAGAUAUGAAUGAAUUAAGGAUACAAAAAUCUUGGUUAAGAUUGGAUAUGAAAGGAUUGAUGGUUCA